AUGAAAGGCAGAGGAUUUUCUUUUAUUUUCAGUGGGCGCCGCGACGCCUUCCUGCCUCCAACCUGCUCAGUGGUGCGGGGACGGGAGCCGAGCCGCACCCUGCUGGAAGAGCUGGCGUGGUCACGUGACCCGGUCAGAAGCAAAGGUGUGAAGCUGGUCGGGAACCAGGACCAGGACCAGGACCAGGACCAGGACCAGGACCAGGAGCCGGCUUGGAGGCGGCAGCAGCUGACGACUCAGCGGACGGACGCCCCCGACUCACGCGUCCUUGUGGGGGCCAUUGCCCUUCCCCCUGCCUCACCUGGACCAGGCCCGGAGCCCAGUCAGUUUGAAGGCGUCGCCUCAGUCUCCCCGCCCGUCUCCCCGCCCGUCUCACCACCAGUCUCCCCGCCCGUCUCCCCGCCUGUCUCACCACCAGUCUCCCCGCCCGUCUCCCCGCCUGUCUCACCACCAGUCUCCCCGCCCGUCUCCCCGCCCGUCUCACCACCAGUCUCCCCGCCUGUCUCACCACCAGUCUCCCCGCCCGUCUCCCCGCCCGUCUCCCCGCCCGUCUCCCCGCCUGUCUCCCCGCCCGUCUCCCCGCCCGUCUCCCCGCCCGUCUCCCCGCCCGUCUCACUACCAGUCUCCCCGCCCGUCUCCCCGCCCGUCUCCCCGCCCGUCUCACCACCAGUCUCCCCGCCCGUCUCCCCGCCUGUCUCCCCGCCCGUCUCCCCGCCCGUCUCCCCGCCCGUCUCCCCGCCCGUCUCACUACCAGUCUCCCCGCCCGUCUCCCCGCCCGUCUCCCCGCCCGUCUCCCCGCCCGUCUCACCACCAGUCUCCCCGCCUGUCUCCCCGCCCGUCUCCCCGCCCGUCUCCCCGCCCGUCUCCCCGCCCGUCUCCCCGUCCGUCUCACCGCCCGUCUCCCCGCCCGUCUCCCCGCCCGUCUCCCCGUCCGUCUCCCCGCCCGUCUCCCCGCCCGUCUCCCCGUCCGUCUCCCCGCCCGUCUCACUGUCCGUCUCACCACCCGUCUCACCACCAGUCUCCCCGCCUGUCUCCUCGUCCGUCGCACUGUCCGUCUCCCCGCCCGUCUCCCUGUCCGUCUCCCCGCCCGUCUCACCACCAGUCUCACCGCCAGUCUCCCCGCCCGUCUCCCCGUCCGUCUCACCGCCCGUCUCCCCGCCCGUCUCCCCGUCCGUCUCCCCGCCCGUCGCACUGCUCCUCUCUCCAUGUGACAGUAGUUGA